AUGGAAGACUUCUCCUCCUUUCCAAUGGAGAAAUCAAGCAGAAUUAUCAGAAGAUCGAUCUUUACUUUUCUUCAAAACUAUCAGUUUUUCACAUCAACAGUAGCAAUCGUGGCUUUUCCUUUUGCUGCUUCGACUCUUGUGUGUCAAGCUUCCCUGCCGUCGUCUUCCAUUUUCGCAUUAGUCCAUGGCCGUCUACGUACCCUUUUCCUUGCAGCAGGGGCACUUCCUAUUUCUUUCAGCACUCGGGAUAGUUAUCUACUCGGUAAUUCUUGCCAAUGCUUACGUCUUAUGCAACUUGGCAAUCGUGUUGUCAGGAGUGGAGAAGCACGGGGGAUUUACAACGAUUCUCAAGGCCUUUCUUCUGAUCCGGGGUCAAACUGCAACAGCGUUGUCAUUGGCCCUGCCUUUCAAUAUAGCCAUGGCUUCCGUCGAAGCUUUGUUUCAAUACCGCGUUAUACCGUCGUUGGUUGCGUGUUUUUCAAGAGUUGCAGAACAGAAUUACAGAUUGAUCAUGAGAAUUUGUUUUCAGAAAUCAAAGAGAAUUCUCCAAUGCCAUUCAUUUUACACUCAAAAUCUGUUAAUAAAGUUGGUAAAGGAGAUUGUGUAGUGUUGAUUCCAGAAAGUUGA